GACUUUUCUCAGUCGUUAUGGAGAUGGAUGUGUUAACAUGCCAGCUCAGUUAUGUUUUCAUCUUUGCUAAUGACUUUUUUUUCUUUUUCCCACCCUCAACUUUAUUGAAAACAGUCAAAUUCAAAAAACAGUACAUAAACAAGAUGAAUAACAAAAAGAGGAAACAAAGUGCCAGAGAAAAAAAAAGAAGCUUUUUACUUUCAAUAAAAACUAAAUAAUACACAAGAGGAGGAAAACAUACCUAAAGGGGUACAGAUAUAAUUCAAGUAACAUUAGUCAGUAAUUUUGUAUAUUUUAAAUUAAUUGUUUGGGUUUACAUUCUAUAAUUACAGACAAAUUCUAAACUUUUAUUUAAGAAAACUGAUUCCGAUAUUCUUCCAAUUUAAUAUUCUUGUGUAUUUUUAAAUGUUACCUUUUUAUGCAAGACAAUAAUAAGUUUAAAAGAAGGGACAGUGUAUUUCUCCACCAGAAUUAUAGUCCUGGCAAUGUGGACAAUUCUUUGAAAGAGGAUUAAGAUUAGAAUGGCUGGAAUAAAUAUGAUGUGAAGUUGAAGUUAUAGAGUGUCUUCAGGAAUCAUGACCUCAAUACAUUAUUUCUAAAAUCCUACCUACAUCACUCACGUAGACUCUUUAUACUUCCAUCAGCUGACUUAACAAAAAAUAAUCCCAUUAGAGUAAGUGUAUCUAAUUGUAUGACCUCAUGUUUCAGUUUGUAUUAGAUUUGUCAGUAAUAUUAUGGGUGUUAUGAGGACAACAAUGUGGUCAAAGCCAACAAUGAUUUUUGCUAAAUUAAAUUCAUUCAUUGGCAGGAGUCAAUGCAUUUACUUCAAAUUACAGGAUGAUCAUAUGCCAGUGCAGAGCUACAAUCAUUUCAUCAUGUCAGCAGGCUUUUGUUGAAUAUAUAAUUUCUUAUUUUAUAGUCUGCAUUGUUCCAGUUGAAACUGCAAAACACAGAUUGAUCGCUGUGUUUGCUGAUCACUGAUUAACUCAUUUAUUCGGGUUACUAGUUUUACCACAUGAGCUAUAAAAUGCCUGCUGAGCUCACAAAGAGACUGAUUUAUUAAAAUGUCUCACUAUAGGAACAAUUCCUGUUGCCUGAACACUCAAAUUGAUUUAUUAAUGUUAAGCUAUAUCAUGUUUUUCACAGGCUUCCAUUGUAACUUGAAUUUAUAAUGUAAUAUAUAAUAUACAAAAUCAUUUGAACUACUAAAUUGUCAGAAUUUCUGACCGUAAAUCAUAUACAGUAUUAACUCUAAGAUUAUAACUUUCAGACUGUUUGUUAUUAACCUGCAGCCAUAUUGCCUGUUGGUUCAAACAUUAAUGAUAAAAUACAAAUGGAAAAAAGCAUUGCAUUUAACAUUGUAUUUAUUUGCAUGUCUACCAUCUGCUUUUGAUUACUAUUUUGUAAGUAUUAAAAAAAUUAAACCAUCCUUUAAAAUAUAUUCCCAGUCAGGUGAGUCAUCCACAAAACCAAACCAGACAAGGAGGACUGUAUCAAAUAUUGAUUUGGGAGCUCUACAGAAGAAACAACCCUUUGCUACCUGUUAGCUUUAGAGGGUUUAGUAGUUUUAUCUUUGCCCGUGCUACAAUAAAGGCUUUCUUACUUAUUCAACACUUAACUGAACUUCAGCCAAAAUACCAAAAAGAAGUGCUAUGUUUGGUUCUCUGCAUGAAUAUAUCUAUUUUAUUCUUUCUGUGUAGCAACAUUUUGAUUAUUCUCCAGGGCUUCACAUGAUUUUAGUCAGUCAAUUCUGUGGGUCGAUUUUCCCUUUUAUAGUGUUUUUGUUAAAAAACAGAGAGUUUACUGUAAGGCUGCACAAACUAAUGUUGUUUUUUUUUUUCUUAUGAGCUUUUGAUGUCUUGCAGAAACAUCUCCAAAUGCAUCUCAAACACAAGUAACACCCCACCCAUAUUGUUGUUGCUUUACACAGUGUACGAGAGCUGCUACUUGCUUCAGGAGCUUCAAAUAUUAAACUUUGUUUACAUGUAUGUAAAUAUCAUGCAAACUAUGAUCAAUAGCAAUACAAGGAUAAUAUUAAUAUUCUGACACAAGAUGAUGAUGAAUCAUUUGUAUUAGUAACAUAUGGUCAUUUUGUUCAUUUAAAUUACAGUUUUAUUCCACGUUGAUGCUAAAUAUUCGCACUAAAAUCCUGCUAUAUUUUUCCCCACCCCUUCAAAUUUCUCCCACAUUCUCCACCCACCAAAACUUCAUUGGCUGUUUUAUCACAUUUGAAUCUGGAAACUUCGGAUCACGCUGUAUCACAGUCGAGCUCACUGGGGUCUGUCUGAAGCCUGACGUGCCAAUCCAGCAGUCGCAUCUUGGACUCUUUUCAGGUGCCGUGAAGGAUGCAAACUAAGACAGUCAGGAUGCUGUUCGGCCUCUUUGUAUUAUCUGCUGGAUUCUUCUUCAAUGUGGGAAUUUGCACUGCAGAGCUGAGAAUUACAACGAUAAAGCAAGAGCCGUAUACAAUGUCCAAAGGCUCACAACUGGAAGGCUUUUGUAUGGACCUGCUGUCUGAAAUUGCCAAGAAGCUGGGCUUCAAGUACAAAGUGCAGCUGGUAAGAGACAGUUCAUACGGCCGACAGGAUGAGAGCGGGAACUGGAAUGGGAUGAUCGGAGAGGUGGUGAGAGGGGAGGCAGACCUUGCAAUUGCUCCGCUGACUCUCACUGCAGCUCGGGAGAAAGCGGUGGGGAUGACCAAACCGUUCAUGCAGACGGGAAUCAGCAUUCUGCUGAGGAAGGACAUCUCAGAGGGAGCAGGCUUCUUUGAUUUCCUGACCCCCUUUACAGCAGAGACUUGGGUCGGCAUACUAAUUGCCUACCUGGGGACAGCUGCUUGCAUCUUUAUAGUUGCCAGACUCAGCCCAUGUGAGUGGAGUCAGCCUCAGAGUGAGCAGAACAGAUUCAGUCUCAUCCACAGCCUCUGGUACACAGCUGGAGCUCUGACUCUGCAAGGUGCUGGUCCUCACCCCAGAGCUCUUUCAGGACGUGUCAUCUGCUGCAGCUGGUGGUUAUUUUCCAUUGUCCUCUUGGCUUGUUAUUUCUCUAAUCUCAGCUCCUCUAAGAGCUCUGAGUCCACUCACCUGACGGUGAAAGGGUUUGAGGACUUGGCCAAUCAGGACACAAUUCAGUAUGGCUGCCUGGCUGGCUCCUCCACACUUGCUUUCUUCAGGAAUUCAAACAACCCCGUGUACCGCAGAAUCCAUGAACACAUGGAGAGGACUAAGAGCUUUGUGUCAUCUAUGGAUGAAGGAAUCCGGCGUGCAAAAGAGGGCAACUAUGCCUUUAUUGGAGAGUCUGUCUCUCUGGACUUGGCAGUAGCACGCCAUUGUGAACUGGUCAGAGCUCAUGAAGUCAUUGGCAUGAGGGGAUAUAGCAUCGCUGCCCCACUCGGCUCUCCCAUCAUAAAGAACCUCAGUAUUGCAAUCCUACAACUGAGCGAGGCAGGAGAGCUGGCAUACCUGAGAAGCAAGUGGUGGGCCAGCAGCUGCAUGGCAGGCAAGGCCAAGUCUUCAGCUGUGCAGCCGCACAGUCUCAAGGGGAUGUUUCUGAUUCUUUCCCUGGGCCUGGGGCUGGGAACACUGCUGGCUGUCCUGGAGCUCACCUCCAGGAGCCGCAGCAGUGCAGCGGACCAGAGGAAAACCUGCUGCACUGUCCUGACUGAGGAACUCAGUCUGCGCCUGAGGAACAACAAUGCAAACAAACCCCAGGAAGCUGCAGAUAAAGAUAAAGAAAAGGCAUAGAAACAUCCUAGAAACAUUGAUAAGUCUGAAAAUUGUGUUUUCUUUUAACUUUUAAUUUUUUUGGGAUUGAGAGUUGUUUCAGAAUUUAUCCUAAUAUUUGACAGAAACAUUAACUUAAUUGUAGGUUUUAUUUUUUUCUGACUUGUGUAGAUACAUCAUAUAAAAAAUAAAAUAUAUUACAUUUAAAAUUAAAAUAAAAAACUCACAUUUUUAUUAAAAUAAUAAUUUUAUUGAUUUUCAAAUACGAACUCUAAAAUUUCGCCGAAAAAGCAAACAUUAAAGUUUGAAUAUUAUAAAAAUAACUGUUGAAAUGAUCAAUUUUAUACUUGAAAAAUGAAAAGGUGACUAAUAAAUAGUGAUGUGUGACUCUGCAUCUUGCUGUUUUGUACAGUUGGCAAUGUCAUCAUCAUGCAUAAAAACUGUGUUGUGUGUAAACAUUCCAGCACAUCUAAAGUAAUAAAAACUGUCUAAUUGUGUAA